AUGCUGGCCAUGGCGAAGACCUUGGAAGAGCAGAAUGGGAAUAAAGUCAAGUGCUACGCACAGGAUCCAGCAAACAAUGGCGUUGGAGACAAGUUUCUGGAAUCAAUUGGCAUCAACCCAUUGCGCGAUCCAAAAGGCUUCCUUGAGGUCGAUGCUGAGACAUUCAUCUCGGCUAGUCCCGACCAACCAAUCCGGCAGGUUAUUGCCGAUCUCGAGAAGCCCGCGGUUAUUCUCUGGAAGUCCGUUGAGAAGGAGCCACAGGAUGAAUCCUACGGCACGGAUCCAGUCUCUUCGAGGGUUCUCGACAUGGUGAAGGAGUACGAGCAAUUGCUGCUCGACUAUGUGGAUAAUAUGUUUGGUAAGCCGGCUUGGUAUGUGAGGAAGGACAUGAACACUUGA